AUGGCUAUAAGAGCGCAGCGGCGGCGGGCGUGGGCGCGGACGGGACGAUGGGCGUUACACAAGCGAGUCCUGGCGCUCGGGGAUGCUCUCGCGCCCCAGACACAGCUCUCGACCUCGCAACCUCGCUAUCCAGGACGUGUCUGCGGGCGUCGGGUCAUGCCUGGGGGCGUGGGAGGUCAGCCGCGCGCCCCUGCUGUUCCUCGUGUUCGGCCAGAUGACUUGAUCACACAGCCUGUGCCUUCGGGGGAUGCUUGCAGUUGCACGAGAGCGUCGGGCGGCGCUCCCUGCCCCGCCAACAAAGAGGCGGGCGCGCGGCCUCAGAUCAAUAACAUUUACGGAAAACGCGCCCCUCGCCUCGGCGCGGCGUUUAAGUUCUGCGAUUUUAAACUCGGGGGAAAAGCUUUGUAUAUCUCGAUUUUCACAACAUAUAAAAUUUUAUUUUUAACAUUCUACUACCUCCUUUCAGGUUACCGUUGCUUCAAGGCCGUGAUGUUUCUAACUGGCUUCAUCUUUGCUUCGGUGGUGGUGUACCUGAUAUGCCUGAGUGAGGACCUGCUACCCCUGAUUGGUAACGCAGGCGUGUCCCUCGGGGCAGGCGUCAUGUUCGGCCUCAUCACGAUGCUGGUUCAGUACGUGGGCCUCUUCAUGACAGGUCUCCACACUGGUCUCUUCCUUGGUGUGGCUGGCAUCGCUAUAGCCUACAAGUGGUGGGUCCCAAGCAGUGUAUGGCCAGUGGUAGGAAUCCUCCUUGCUGCAGGGCUGUUGCUGGCCAUCACAACCCUGUACUUCCAGAAGGGACUGACCAUCCUGGGCACAGCUAUCAGUGGAGGAGCCAUCAUGUCUGCCACAUUAGACUACUUUAUUGAGAAGUUCCUGAUGGUGCGUUGGUUUGAGGACCGACUGAAGGUGGUGGAGAGCGAGCCUCCGUGCUGGUUUUCCUGGAUGAUCCUGGGUGUGUGGCCCUUCAUGGUGCUUGUGGGGAGCCUCACCCAGUGGAAGAUUACAGGCAGAGGCAUCUAUCAUCAGCAGUUGGUGCCCUCCAAAAAAUCUCGAAGUGUGAACCUCCAGCGAAUGAGGAGUCGAGAGGCCCGGGCUGAGAUGCGCCAGAAGAAAUACCGGUAUUUGUAUCAAGUUCGUACUGCUCACGGGGACAUCAUCAGCCAGGAAUACAUUCAGAGUCUCCAGCGGAAGGCUUACCCUACAGGGGACAAUGGAACCCUCCAAUCAGACUCAACGCACACCACCAUGCUACCCCCAGAGCACACUCAGCUAGCACCCCUCACCGAGAGCGAGGAUGAAACAGGGGGUUCCCAGCCACCUCCCACUCCACCUGAACCCCCAAGAAUGACCCGCGUCACAAUGCACUAGCACAGCGAGUGACCAAAGAGAACAUGCGUUGGGAAUGUUGGGACUUUUACCAGUCAACAUAGAGAUCAAGGACAACAAGACAGAGAUGCAUCAAUGACUCCAAGAGAUAUAUAUAUAUAUUGCUCCAUAAAGAACUAAAAUGGGAGUGCUUUCUAUAUACAUUACAACUAGUUCCCUUAUAAAAGAAAAAAAUGAAAAGAAAACAGACUGAGAAACAAUGGUAUAGUUCUAAACUAUCAUUGUGAUAAUACAGUAUAUAGAAAGUGUGAUUGUGUGAGUGUAUGGAUGUAUGUGUAUACUCCAGAGUUACCAGACUAGUGUUGUAUUCACCUGCCUGCAAGAGCAGAGCUUUGCUGUAGUUUGCAAGCAUCAUAAGUGUACCCCCUUUGUUAUGUGACUUGACUAUAGCUUUGAGUCUUUCAAUGCAGACGUUUUACUGGAGGGUAUGCGAGAAAAUGAAAAUCCCAUCAUUUUUAUGUUCUGGGAUAGUUUUGACACUUUUUUUCAAGCUCAGUGAUAUGAGUAUCAUUUUGCUUUUGAACUCCAGUGAUGACAAAGAUCAAUUUCCAAGGAGUCAAAGAUACAAACAACCCUUUCUGAUGAUGACAGAGCUCACCAAAGCUCUAAAAACAUGAGAGGCAAUGAUGAGCAAUGAACAACUGAUACAAUUUUUCCUAUUUUUUUAUUUUUUUAUUUUUACAAGAGGAUAUGUGAAAAAGAGGUAAGCCAUCAAACUCUCACACUGUGGUUGCCAUUUCUGCUGCUAAGUGAUGUGAUGAUGUGGCAGUCGUAUUACACUCUGUGAUGAAAAUAGUCAACCAGUGAGAGGAGGAGGAAGAAAGAGAGAAAAAAAGAGAAUUGCCAAUCAUUCCAGAGGAAAGAAAAAGAGAGAAUAUUAGUGCAUUAUCUCUCAAGAAAACAUGUAUUUCUUUCCAAUAUUUCUGCAUUUUAUUUUAUUUAUUUUUUCAUUUUGUUUUAAUUAUCACCCAGUGGAAAGAAAUGGCUCAAGCACUAGCUAGAAAUGACUCCCAGACAAAAGCUCAAUGGCAAAGAGUGGACGAAUAAGCACAGCACAAGUCUGCCGCAUGUCUUUCUGUAAGAUUGUAGUCUUUUAUAGGAAUGUUGUUAUAUUAUUUGGCUCCCCUUUUUAUAAACGGCAUUAUCCAAGGCUUUAAACAUUUGUGUCAGCAGUAAUUGUUCUCUCUUUUUUUUGUAUUAUGUAUCUAAAUACCGACAAUAGCUGUAUCUCAGUAACUUGUAUUGAUAUUUUACACUUUCUGUUGAUGUUUUAUUCAUGACAUGAUUUGAUUUUUGCCAUCUUAUUUAUAACACAAUUAUGUUGGAAGUCUUUCAUAAGUGUUUCAUAACCAGUAUAUACAUUUUAUCUGUCUCUUUCUGUGUGUCUAUCGCUAUCUUUCUAUGUAUCCCUCUUUUUAUUAAGCAGUGGCUCCAAAUAUUAUACUUUGUGAUUUUGUGUUUUGUGAAUUCCACUUAACGUUGGAUUCAUCUCAUAAUCUUUUGUAACAAUUUGCGUCACUGUCAGUUUAGGGAUACUUCUUAUUUUUCCCUUAAACACGUUGCCAGAAUAUUCUCCAAUUUUGGACAGCAGCAAGAACAGACCAUUUUCUAAUAAUAAAUAUUGUAGUUUCAUUGGAGGAUUCUGUUCCAUGAAAUGCUGUAGCUAUUCUGUGACAAGGGCCUUCAAUAUGAGAAUAUUUGUCCAAGUAGUGUAAUGCUGUACAAAAGGUCUUAUUUUUUCCACACAAGAUUUUACUAAAAGCUGCAAAUGGUUUAGCAUGGUCAAAGAUUUUAGCAUAGUUUUUUCUCCUAUUAAAAGUAUAGGGGUUGAUAAGCCAGUACUGUAAGUUUUUGACCAUUUAGACGAAGAUUAGAUGACGUUUGCAUUUUUUCUUACAGGCAAGGUUUGCUUCAUAUGAUUGCAUCUCCACUAAAGGUAUCUUAGGCUGGUAUGUCCACCUUGAGAAAUCUAAAGAAAAAAAAAUGAUUAUUAACUUCUAGCUGCUAUAUUUCACUUUGAAUCACGUUACAUGUUCUUUCUAAAGAAAACAGCAACAGAAUACCCAUGAUAAUGCAAUUAAUAUUUGGUCAAAAAAAGAAAGAAAAAAAGUUUAUGAGAGAUAUUACUUGUUUCUGUGGGAUAUUUUUACUUCUUUUUUCUUGAGGUAUUUCCCUUAGAUUAAACCGACUGCAUCGCAUGAGUGAUUGCGAUAUGCCGAUGAUCUGUCUUGGCCAAAUAUGUCUUUAUUGUUUUCCAAUUGUAUUUUCUUUUUAUACAUACAUAGUUGUAAAAUAAACAUGGUUGCAUGUUUUGCUUUCUUAAUUUAUAGAGUAGGAGAUAUUAUGUGAUAGUAAAUAUACUCCUUGUGUGUUCAGUUAUUUUAUGUCAUUGCUUUUAAUGAGAGCUAAUGAAAUAUGUAUUCCCAAUACCACAAAGAAUUUGAAAAAGGUGUAUUAAGACAUUUUCCUUUUUUUCUUUUAUUCUUUCUUUUUUAUAAGAACUCAUUUGUUCAUUAUAUCUACUUCCCAUGACCUAAAGUGUUUGUUUCUAAAUGGAUCUUGGAGAUUCUACGGAGGUUACAGACACUAUCCUUACCAGAUCUUAUUCUACUGCAUUCAUUUAGUCUACAAUCUUUACAUAUUUAGAAAGAAAUUAAAAUUGGUCAAAUUGAUCUCCCUUUCUCUCUUAACACCCAACCUUGUAUAGCAUUUCCCACCAAAGACGGCAUUAUUUCAUAAUGCUUUUUUAUCUGUAAUGAUAAUUCAUUUAUUUCACUUGCAUUUUAUACUUUUCUAUGUAUGAGAUACAUUUCAGUUUCAUUGAUGUUAGUUUUCAUAGCUUGGUUGUUCAAUUUUAAUCUGAAGGUAUUUUCUUGUCAAAGUUUCUGUUAUAACAGGCAAAUGCAAGUAGAUUUCUGUUAAGAGGCAAUUUUAAUUCAAUAUUGAGCUUUGACGGAAGUAAUCAUUUGCAUUCAUAUUCUAACAGAAAUUAGUCAUAUGUACCGGUAUAUUUAAAGUGUAGUCUUAAUGAUAACAUAGUCAGAAUAACCUUGUUUUUCUGUUUAGUAUUUACAUCACUGCCAUAAAUUUGAGCGAAAGGCACUUUUGGUGCAUUGCAGUAUUUAAGAUGCAUCAGUUUUAUUCAGUGACUAUCACUUGCGGAACCAAAGCUCAUCAUUUUCCUUAUUCUUUUUUAUUUUUCCUUCUUUUUAUGUAUGUAUUAUACAUGUAAUGAUUCAUAUGGCCAAAUUGUGGGGUAAAAAUGCAGGACUUUUUUAUAUAGAACAAUUGGUGCUUUGUGUUUUGAUUAUAGAAAAGCUCCAGUGAUUUUUACUCAUUGUAAAACACACUAUAUAUAAGAACCUAACUAUGAGAGCUUUUUGUUCACAUACUCAGCAAGAUGUAUGUCUUAGGAGUACUCAUUUUUUCUCUCCUGUAAGUUUGAAUCAGCUCGGAGAGUCUCAUCUUCAUGUAGUCCGCUGGAGUCAUGCAGAGAGGUUAAGGAUACAACUGAGAGAACAGUCAAAUGUCAUCAAGUCAUAGCUCAUUAGUACUAAAUAGAUUCUACGUAAUCAGUUGUUGUUUACCUCAUAUCAAUGAUAUCAGUAUGGUUGUAGUAAUGUAUAAAUGUAGAAAAUUUAAUGGACAUUUUUGUUAACUGUAUAAAGUUUCAAUAUUUGAUGCAUAGAUUUGGAUUGAACCCAGAUGGAUUAAGUUGGAGACUUACCCUUUGGACAGGUAUUAUUCAGCUGUUGUAAAUUAGACUUUGAGGCUUCUCAAGAAUUUUCCUUUAUCUGAUCUUGAUCACUUUCUCUCCAAAUUGAGGAAGGAAAUAUUUCCAUUUUAUACUAAUGUAUUACUGAAACAAUAGAUUUGUUCAUGCUCAUCAAUAGUAGUCUUUUUUGAUAAUUCAAUAAACAUGUGAAUUGUGCUUUAUACAGUUCCACUGUAGGAUAAAAUAAUGUGCACAUUAAUCCACAUUCAUUAUAUGAAUCAGAAGCCAUAUCUUCAUAAUACAUUUUUUCAGUGGACUAUAAAUGAUAAAAAGUACAUAGUUGAUUGCAAUGAAUACACUGGUGAAAAUUCGGAAUUCAGUUCUGUACCUGUCAAAUGGCUAACCUAAUCUCUGGUGAUGAACAAUGACGUCCUGUGCCUGCCAUUAGUUCUCAGAUCAGAAGUGGUUAUCAAAGUGCAGGAAGUGUUUCCAUUGCCAGUCAUUUUCAUGACUAUAUCAAGUCCAUCUCAGUAUGGUAGAACAUUUGUGUUAUUUUGUAAAUUAAGUGUGGGAGACUGCUUGGCCCAUAGUUAUAACAGGAUCCAGUUGCUAUUUUCCCUUUGUAUGCUUUUGUGGUAAUAUGACUGGAUUGAAUAUAUCACAACAACACACAGUCUUGAACAGCCAUUACAAAUGGGUUAUAUACAUGAGGCUUUCAAGUAAAUCUGAUGUCUGGUUAUAGCUUCAUCAAGGAUGGUUCUCUCCAAAGAUGAAUAAUAAUACAUCCAAUGCCCCGCAGCCUCUGGAGAAGGGAAGUGAUGCAAUGAAUGUCUGUAAUGUCUGGUGAGAGUAAAGUGCAUCAGUACGCUUAUGUUGUGUUGCUGGAAUCUUAUAGAGAGAUAAGCACAAGAUGUGAUGAAAGUAGUUAUGUAAAUACUGCACCAGAACCUACAAACAUGGAUUGUGUUGAAGUCUUCUUGAAUGAAUCGCUCCUUCUCACUGUAAAUAUUGGCCAUUACUCAGACUGUACUCGUAAUAUCACUAGGUAUGAAUGUAAAGUUUAUAUAAGGGAACACAGUUUUGUAUAACUUGAAAAGUCAGUGUAUGUACAUUGUGUAAUCAUUUCUUACAAGCUGAUACGUGCAAUUCUUCAGAGGCAGGUAUUUGUACUGUAUUGCAUCAUGUGCUCUUUCAAUAAUAACAAUGUUUUAA